UGCAGCCCGCUGCUAACGGUAUCCAACAGGUACCUGAACACACUUGUGAGCUCUCUGUCCUGAGUGGAUGUUGCAGAGCUGUAGACCGGACUGCUUGCGCUCAAUCCGUGUGAUGGAUGGAUUUAAAGGCUCCUUGGAUUGGAAAACUGUCAUUAUCCAGUGAACGACAGACGGCUUAACUCUAGGAAUAUUACACCUGGGAGAAAGGUUGGCGCAAUUUAGAGUAUUCCUCGCAGCAUCAGUGUUUUCCCCAUCAUGAGGAGGUCUAUUGUUUUCCCUGGCUUGCUGAGAGUAGCGAUCUUGUUCCUUUGCCUGAACACGACCAUCCAGGCCCUGGCCCUCACCAACUCCACCCGGCUCGAGUCCAUCCUGAACAAGUAUACAAACAAAGAUGAGGAGUGGUGGAGGGCCAAGCCUAGAGGGAGGAGGGCCAUCAGCGAGGGAGACAUGCACCUCAUCCUGGACCUGCACAACAAACUGCGGGGUCAGGUCUACCCUCCUGCUUCCAACAUGGAGUACAUGGUAUGGGAUUACGAGUUGGAGAGAAGUGCAGAGCACUGGGCUCACACCUGCAGAUGGGAACAUGGACCGAGUCACAUGCUGACACAAAUAGGCCAAAACCUCGGAGCACACUGGGGCAGGGACCGGCCCCCAACCUACCAUGUCCAGGCCUGGUAUGAUGAGGUGAGGUAUUAUAGCUAUCCCUACGCCCAGGAGUGCAACCCACACUGCCCAUUCAGGUGUUCGGGACCUGUUUGUACUCAUUAUACUCAGUUGGUGUGGGCGACCAGUAAUCGCAUUGGCUGUGCCAUCAACGUGUGUUACAACAUGAAUGUGUGGGGAAUGAUCUGGGCCAAAGCAGUCUAUCUGGUCUGCAACUACUCCCCGCCAGGCAACUGGUGGGGUCAUGCUCCAUACAAAUAUGGGACUCCCUGCUCUGCUUGUCCAGCGAGCUAUGGUGGGGGAUGCAGGGACAACCUCUGCUAUAAACACGGAGGUGUUGACAGGCGUCCGGCUCCUGAGAUUGAGGAGACCAAUUACAUUGAACCCGAACCAGUAAGAGACGGAGAGCCCCGACCCAGGGCCCAGGCACCAAGCACCUCGCCCAGUGACAACCUGGAAAGAGACAUGGUUGUCAGCACAGAGCAGAUGUGCCAACAGGUGGACUGUGAGACCAAGCUGAGGGAUCAGUGCAAGGGAACAACCUGUAACAGAUAUGAGUGCCCACCCGGUUGCCUUGAAAGGCCUGGAAAAGUAGUUGGGACUGGAUACUAUGAUAUGCAAUCCAGUGUGUGUGGAGCUGCGCUACACUUUGGUGUUAUUGACAGUGAUGGAGGAUGGAUCGAUGUGACCAGACUGGGCAGAAAACAACAUUUCACCAAGUCAUACAAGAAUGGUAUUCAAUCCAUUGGGAAAAACAGAAGUGCAAAUUCUUUUAAAGUUGAGUCUGUGCCUGUCAAGGCAGUAAGAUGUGAUACCACUGUGGCGCUUUUCUGUCCUUUCAAGAAACCUGUACGACACUGUCCCAGGUUGUAUUGUCCUAGGAACUGUUUGCGUGAGAGCCAAGCACGAGUUAUUGGGACAAAAUACUACUCAGAUAAGUCGAGUAUCUGCAGAGCGGCCAUUCAUGCUGGAGUGAUCAAGAACGAGUCAGGAGGUUACCUUGAUGUGAUGCCAGUGGACAAGAAGAGGCAUUAUAGCGGCAGCUAUCAGAAUGGCAUCACCUCAGAAAGCCUAACAAACCCCACAGGAGGAAAAGCCUUCAGAGUGUUUGCAGUCAUCUGAAAACCACUCAAAAGACAAAGUACCCUCAAAUCCAGCUUCAUCCACUUCAAAUCCAGCAAACCUACUCAUUAUCAAUUUACAACCUAUAAUUAUGUACAUUCCUACAGUGAACACAUCAGUGUUACUGAUACUGUCACUAAAAGUGUAACUCAAGGCUUUGCUUCUAUCUUUGGCCAUGACUGAAUCACUGUCCAGUAAUAAUGUAGCAAAGGAUGUUUGGCAAAUGAUGUCUUCUGUCUCAUAUCUUUCCCUGAACAUCUUGAGCUGACCAUAGACAUGAUACCACGACAAGCUGCUUUUAGCUUUCAAAGCUGUGUUUAAAGCAUCAGAUUUAUUACCUUUCCAGCAGCUUCAUGACAUUUUAAAAAGACUAAAAUCAGCUGUGUUUGCUGACUAAUUUAAAAAGCGCACGCAUCACAUCUAUAUAGAAAAAAGGAAGGUAAAACACUGUUUCAAUCUAGUCAGUCCUAGGUGUGUCUAUGGAGGAACAAAUUGGCCAUAUUAACAUAAUAUAAGAUAAUGAAGUAUAAAAUGACAAAAAAAACAUAUAUAUGUUAUUACACAUACUGUCUACAAAUCUUAAA